ACUGAAAAAAAAAAUUAAUAUUAAUAUUUAUUAAUAAUUUCUUUUUAAUGUUAUUUUAUUCGUAAAAAUAAAAAUAAUAUCAUAUACGCAUACAUGAUAAUAAUAUCAUUUUAUAAGCUAAACUAUAGUUAACAAUUAAAUUUUUUGUAAAUUGCCAAGAAAGUCUUGUUUACAAUUUCAGUUUGUAAUCACUGAUCCUUCUCAAUACACAAAAUAUUAUUUUCACCAAUUCAACUUAAAUUACCUGCUUAUAAAUUUGAAAAAUAAAAAAAAUUCAAUAAAUAGUUAAAAAGAAAUUAUGGAAAACCUAAAAAUAAAUCCUGAUUUGGAAAUUGAAAGAAAACAAUGUUCAUUCAACAUAGAAGAAAUGGCAAUAUGGUGGAAUGGUGGAAAAGAAAAAUUAAAUGAUAAGCGAUUAAGAGAUUCACAUUUUUUCAGUGAUCCAGAUUUGGUAAACACUAUUCCAUCUUCAUAUCUUUCUCACAAAGAUGUAUAUGAAAAUAGUGUUGAAAAAGUUACUAAAAUAGUAAAAAAAUUGCAGCAACUUUCUUUUAAUAAAGACAACCCCGAAAUGACGUGGGAUUUAAUUUUUACUUUCCGUUCAAUGUUUGGUUCGCUUAUUGGAUCUUCCUUGUUACCAGAUCAUAAUCCUUUAGGAUUACAUUAUAGUAUGUUCGUACCAACGAUCUUUGGGCAAGCUACAGAAGAACAGCAAAAUGAAUGGUUAGAAAAAGCAAUCAAGUUUCAAAUAGUUGGUACUUAUGCUCAAACUGAAUUAGGUCAUGGUACGUUUCUUAGAGGAUUAGAAACUAUAGCGGAUUAUGAUUCUAAAACGGAGGAAUUUAUUUUAAAUUCACCAAAGUUAACUUCCUAUAAAUGGUGGCCAGGAGGAUUGGGGCAUACAGCUAAUUUUGCUAUUGUAAUGGCCCAAUUACAUAUAAAUGGCAAAGAAUAUGGUAUACAUCCUUUCAUAGUUCAACUCAGAGAUUUAGAAACCCAUAUGCCAUUAAAAGGAAUAGAAGUUGGAGAAAUUGGUAGUAAAUUAUAUAUGAAUGCGACAAACAAUGGAUAUUUAGGUCUUAAGAAUGUCAGAAUACCAAGAAAGAAUAUGCUAAUGCGAAAUGCACAAGUUUUACCUUGUGGCAAGUUUGAGAGGAAAUCUUCGUCUGUAUUAACCUAUGGUACUAUGCAAUUUGUUCGAGUAAUAAUUUUGCAAGAUAGCACAAAUAUUUUGGCAAGAGCUGUAACAAUAGCCACUAGAUAUUCAUGUGUCAGAAGGCAAAGUCCCAUAAAUACAAAUUCUCCCGAACCGAAGAUUAUGGAACAUGUAACACAGCAACUAAAAAUAUUUCCACAAAUAGCCAAAACUAUAAUUUUUAAAGUUACUGCCAAUUCUAUUUAUGAUUUGUUCAGUUCAGUAAGAGACGAAUUAAAUUCUGGAAAUUUAAAACGACUUCCUGAAUUACAUGCGUUAUCUUGUUGUAUGAAGGCAAUCUAUUCAUCUGAAACUGCUAAAGGGGUAGAAAUCCUUAGACUUGCUUGUGGAGGUCAUGGUUAUAUGAAUUCUUCAAAUUUUCCUAAUCUUUACGGAUUUGCAACAGCUGCUUGCACUUAUGAAGGUGAGAAUACGGUAAUGUAUUUGCAAACUGCUAGAUAUCUAAUAAAGUCAUGGCCUACAAUUUAUAUGAGAAGAAAAUUGGACUCAAUUAUUGCCUAUAUGGGGGUUUUUGUCAACAAUCCACCUAUUAAGUUGGAUGGUUCUGUUGCCAGCAUAAUAAGAGCUUUUCAGUGUACAACUACACAGAGAGUUCGCUUAGCCUAUACUCGUUUAAACAGGCGAAAGAAACUGGGGUCCACAACUGAGGAAGCAAAUAAUUUGAGUGGUAUAGAGCUUACUCAAAUUGCGGAGCUUUUUGGAAGAACUUAUAUCUUACAAACAUCUUAUCUUGCAAUACAAGAUAUUAUCAACUCAGUUUCUUCAGAACUAGGAAUUGUUUUUGAGCAAUUGAUGGAAUUAUAUGCUAUUACAGAGUUUUUAGCUUAUCUUGGAGACAUAAUGAGGUUUGUAUCGGUAAAUGGCAAACAAAUUGAUGACUUACACACAAGACUGGAAAAUUUAUUAAAAAAAAUUCGUCGAAAUGCCGUUGGUAUUGUUGACGGCUUUGACAUACAUGAUGGACUCUUGAAUUCAGCCCUUGGGGCAUAUGAUGGUAAUGUUUACGAAAGAAUAUUUAUGGAAGCAAAAAAGAGUCCGUUAAAUAAGGAACCAGUUAACAGAUCAUUUCAUCUUCAUUUAAAGCCAUUUUUAAAAUCUAAUCUUUAGUAUUGAUAUACUACAUAUUCAUAAAAAACAAAAAUAAUAAUAAAAAAAGGGAAGGAAACUCAAAUUACUUUACAUUACCUUGAGUCUCUUGCUAAUGAAUUUAUUGUUAGGUGGUGUUAGAAAUUUUUUAUACAUUUUUUAUAAAUAUAUUAUGUACAUAUUAUUCUAUAAUUUAUAUAUGUACAAAUUAUUAUUGUUAUGCAUUUAUCUAAUAUACACACAAAUA